AUGGCACAGGGUGGAAGAUAUGACGCCGCUGUGAUUGAUAUUGAAUUGGUGGCAUCUUCCAUGGAGAAUAAGAUCAAUAGCCAUCAACUUUCUUUAUCAGCUGAUCAUUGUAUCUUUAGAACACCAAGCAUACUCGCCAGGCACAAAAAAGAAGCCUAUAGUCCCAAUUGUUUUUCCUUUGGGCCUUUUCACCAUGACCAACCAAACUUGAAAGUAACAGAGAAAAUCAAACUCAAGUAUUUACGAGGCCUCCUCUCCAGAUCAGGUAAUCAACAGGCAAUGUUAAGGGAAUGCCUUGAUUCCAUCAAGGAGGAAGAGAGAAAAGCUCGUGACUGUUAUGCAGGAAUCAUUGAUCAGAAUAUGGUAGAGGCCAAAAAUUUUGUAGAAAUGUUGGUGGUUGAUGGUUGCUUCAUCAUUGAGCUAUUUCGAAAGGAUGCUAAUGUGGUGCCAAGAGAGGAUGAUGACCCAAUUUUUUCAAUGUCUUGUAUGCUCCAGUUUCUUCAUCAUGACUUGAUUUUGCUAGAAAACCAGAUACCUUGGUUGGUAUUGGAGCUGUUGUUCAACAAAACCAAGGCCUCUUUUGAAACCAAAUCCCUGAUUGAACUUGCCCUUAAUUUUUUGGCCAACACGUUCUCAUCUAAUCGUCCUUCUUUAAACCUUGACCUUUUUGUGGGUCAGGAGGUCAAGCACAUCCUUGAUCUGCUAAGGUUGUCGUUGGUUUUACCAUCCGAAGUAGUAAACAACGAUCGACAAAAAUUGGAAUGGCAACCAAUCCCUUCUGCCACUAGACUCAAAGAGGCUGGGGUGAAAUUUGUUAGAGUCACUGUGGAUAGCAUUUUGGAUAUGAAGUUUAGAAAUGGUGUUCUUGAAAUCCCAUCUUUGCUGAUUCAAGAGACAACAGAAACCAUCUUCCGAAACCUCAUCAGCUACGAGCAAUGUUUACCAAAUUGUAAACCCAUAUUCACUUCAUACGCCAAGAUCAUGGACAAUCUGAUUGACACCACCAAUGACAUGGAAAUAUUAUGCAAGAAAGAUAUUUUUGACAACUGGUUGAGCCCUGAGGAUGCAACACAGUUUUUCAACAAGCUUUACAAUGACACUUAUGUGAAAGAGUUCUAUUAUUCUGAACUUUGCGUUAAUCUAAAUCAUCAUUGCCAACAAUGGUGGCCCAAAUGGCGCUCUGCUUAUGUUCAUAACUAUUUCUCCAAGCCAUGGGCUAUUGCUGCUCAAAUUUAUGCCAUUAUCAUGUUUAUUCUUACCCUCUGGCAAAGCUUCAAAUAGGAUUGUUUGCUGCUCAAA